GGCGGCGGGGGCCGCGGGGGCCCGGGCGCGCGGGAGCGGGAGCGGCCCGUGGAACCCGAGCGCGCCAUGGAGGCGGCGGCAGGCGGCCGCGGCGGCUUCCAGCCGCACCCGGGGCUGCAGAAGACGUUGGAGCAGUUCCACCUGAGCUCCAUGAGCUCGCUUGGCGGUCCGGCCGCCUUCUCGGCGCGCUGGGCUCAGGAGGCCUACAAGAAGGAGAGCGCCAAGGAGGCGGGUGCGGCCUCUGUGCCUGCGCCGGUGCCCACAGCCGCUGAGCCGCCGCCCGUGCUGCACCUGCCCGCCAUCCAGCCGCCGCCGCCCGUGUUGCCCGGGCCCUUUUUCAUGCCGUCCGACCGCUCUACCGAGCGCUGCGAGACCGUGCUGGAGGGCGAAACCAUCUCCUGCUUCGUGGUGGGUGGCGAGAAGCGCCUGUGCCUGCCGCAGAUCCUCAACUCGGUGUUGCGCGACUUCUCGCUGCAGCAGAUCAACUCGGUGUGCGACGAGCUGCACAUCUACUGCUCGCGCUGCACAGCCGACCAGCUGGAGAUCCUCAAAGUCAUGGGCAUCCUGCCCUUCUCCGCGCCCUCGUGCGGGCUCAUCACCAAGACGGACGCCGAGCGCCUGUGCAACGCGCUGCUCUACGGCGGCGCCUAUCCGCCGCCCUGCAAGAAGGAGCUGGCGGCCAGCCUGGCGCUGGGCCUGGAGCUCAGCGAGCGCAGCGUCCGCGUGUACCACGAGUGCUUCGGCAAGUGCAAGGGGCUGCUGGUGCCCGAGCUCUACAGCAGCCCCAGCGCGGCCUGCAUCCAGUGCCUCGACUGCCGCCUCAUGUACCCUCCGCACAAGUUCGUGGUGCACUCGCACAAGGCCCUGGAGAACCGGACCUGCCACUGGGGCUUCGACUCCGCCAACUGGCGGGCCUACAUCCUGCUGAGCCAGGACUACACGGGCAAGGAGGAGCAGGCGCGCCUGGGCCGCUGCCUGGACGACGUAAAGGAGAAGUUCGACUACGGCAACAAGUACAAGCGGCGGGUGCCCCGGGUGUCCUCUGAGCCCCCGGCCUCCAUGAGACCCAAAACGGAUGCUGCCUGCUCUCAGCCCCCCGCGUCCCCUGAGAAGGACAAGCAGUCCAGCUGGCUGCGGACCUUGGCUGCCUCCUCCAAUAAGGGCCUGGGCUGCGUUCACCCUCGCCAGCGCCUCUCUGCUUUCCGACCCUGGUCCCCUGCAGUGUCCACAAGUGAAAAAGAGCUCUCCCCCCACCUCCCGGCCCUGAUCCGAGACAGCUUCUACUCCUACAAGAGCUUCGAGACGGCUGUGGCCCCCAAUGUGGCCCUCGCGCCACCAGCCCAGCAGAAGGUGGUGAGCAGCCCGCCGUGCACCGCUGCCGUCUCCCGGGCCCCCGAGCCUCUCACCUCGUGCAUUCAGCCGCGCAAGCGGAAGUUGACCACAGACACCCCAGGAGCUCCAGAGACAGUGGCACCCGUCGCUGCCCCCGAAGAGGACAAGGACUCGGAGGCCGAGGUCGAGGUUGAGAGCAGAGAGGAGUUCACCUCCUCCUUGUCCUCGCUGUCCUCGCCGUCCUUUACCUCGUCCAGCUCUGCCAAGGACCUGAGUUCCCCAGGAGUGCACGCCCCGCCCGCGGCUGCCCCGGAUGCUGUGGCCCCCGUGGACACCCCGAGCGGGCUGGAGGCGGAGCUGGAGCACCUCCGGCAGGCCCUGGAGGGCGGCCUGGACACCCGGGAAGCCAAGGAGAAGUUCCUGCACGAGGUGGUCAAGAUGCGCGUGAAGCAGGAGGAGAAGCUGAGCGCGGCUCUGCAGGCCAAGCGCAGCCUGCACCAGGAGCUGGAGUUCCUGCGUGUGGCCAAGAAGGAGAAGCUGCGGGAGGCCACCGAGGCCAAGCGCAGCCUGAGGAAGGAGAUCGAGCGCCUCCGCGCAGAGAACGAGAAGAAGAUGAAGGAGGCCAACGAGUCGCGGGUGCGCCUCAAGCGGGAACUGGAGCAGGCGCGGCAGGUCCGGGUGUGUGACAAGGGCUGCGAGGCCGGCCGCCUGCGGGCCAAGUACUCCGCGCAGAUUGAGGACUUGCAGGUGAAGCUCCAGCACGCGGAGGCGGACCGCGAGCAGCUGCGGGCAGACCUGCUGCGGGAGCGCGAGGCCCGGGAGCACCUGGAGAAGGUGGUGAAGGAGCUGCAGGAGCAGCUGUGGCCGCGGCCCCGCCCGGAGAACACGGGAGGCGAGGGCAGUGCCGAGCCGGAGCCCUAGCUGAGCGCCGCCCGCCCGUGUCGGGUGCGGACACAACUCGGGGCAGCGGGCCGCAGGUGGGGUGCAGCCCCCAGCACAACGUCUCUUCUGUGCCUACUACCAAGUGAGUGUUGGCGCCACGCACUGUCGGGAUCCACUGCAGAAUCCCCACUGGCCCAGUGCCGGGGAGCAGCCGCGGCGCAGCCUCUGUGGCCGGAGGUUCUAACGUGGACACUUUUGUUAUAAGCUAUUUAAAAUCCACAAGGAGACUUGAUACUCAGAAAGCCAACACGUUUUUUAAAAGACUGACUGCGGAGCCCCGGCCGUCGCCAUGUGGGGCCCACGUGGCGGGCGGUGUGUGCCCGCCCAGAAGCCAUCACCGCGCGUCUGCGCCCGCGGCCGUGAGGACAGCAAGGGUUUUUCUUCAGAGUCUAUUUUUUCAGCAACAAGGACCCAGGUCUUCCUGCUGCUGCCAGGAGGAGCAGGGAGAGCGCCGCGAGCCGGACGAGCCCAGCACUGCCCGCCUUACGCCGCCCCUGGCCACCCCACCCCCCCGCCAUGCCGCUGCCCCAGGCCCCAGGAAGCAGAGCCGCGUGGGCGCGGGACCCGCCAGCCCUGGGCUCCUCUGCCCCCAGCUCCACCACCCAGCGCCCCCCUGCGAGGUGCGGGCCCCGGGCAGGCGUGGCGUGGCCAGGCAGGAGCACCUGGGCCGCGGGAGCCUCUCCAGUCGGCCUUGGGGCCCCGUUUGGGGACUGAGGCUGCAGCAUCGGAACAAAACACAGCAUUAUUUACUUUUUUAUUUGUUCAUUUAAAUGUAUACUUAGAACUGCACUUUGUCAGAACCUGCCCUGUCUUUCUACUCCCGUUAACUAAGGUUUUUACCGAUUUCUAGAGCAGUUCAAACCCUAAGUGCUGAGUGCUGGGAACCCCUCUGGUGCUUGGUUGAACAAGGGAAUCACAAGAAACGAAUCGCAGAAACUGAACUUGGGGGUCGCUCUGUGCCUUCCAGCGUCUUGUACAGCCAGCCCGACUCGUCUUCUCACCCCCACAACAUCGUCUCAGCAGCGACUGAACCUGCCACUGUCAGAAUAGGUUACUUGCAUUUAUUCCAAAUAAUCUCGUUUGCCCUCAACUGUUAUGCAAUUGUAUAAGGUUUCUAUGCCCAAGCUUGAAGGAUGAUUUCCCAGUAGACAGAGGCGGCCACCCUCCGAAGUUGUGGUCUUCGUUACGUGGGCGAUGGCACAGGAGUCCGCUCGAGUCCUGGCGCCCAGGCCCUGCACGCGGGGGAGGCAGGGACCCCCGCGUGCAGGGCCGAGGGCCUUGGAAUCGCCCAACACCGCCGGCAGCGACCAACAAAGACCAGAGACUGCUAAGCCCUGUCGCCCGGGUGACGAAAUUGCCUGUGGGGUCUUGCCCUUGGUUUACUGAGGGGGCCCGGUGGCUGCCGGGACCCCCUUGUGAAGUGCAAUGCAAAGGGACAUCAUGUAUAGGCAGCGUUUGUUUGGGGUUUUUCUUUGGCUUUUCUUUUCCUUUUGCAGUUACGAGACCUGUAUGCAUGGGGUGUCGCGCCCUGCCGUAGGUAGACCCGUCCAUGGGCAUUAUUACCGUGUCUUCUUGUAAAGGGUCCGUUUUGUUACGCAGCACGCAGAACGCUGUUUCCAACCAUGUUUUUCCAGAAUUGUGUUUUUUCAGUCAUUUCUUGAAGGGAAACUAAAGGAUUCAGUUGGAGCAAAGCUUUAAGUGUGUGGCGUGCUUGUGUGUGGCUCUUUCUCGCCAGGUCUGAGGAUUGCAGUGUGCUGGGCCCCGGAGGGACACGCUGUUCUCAGCCGCUUUGGGGCAGGGCCUCCUGGCCCUGCCUGGUCACCCUGGUACCCAGGCCCUCUUCCAGGAUGGGAUGUGCUGUGACGUGGUGGAACUCCCGCGUGCCAGCUGGCCGCGGGGAAGGUCCUGUGGUCUCGCGAGUCUGUCCCACCUGGGCCCAGGCCUGCCACCACUUCCUGCCAGAGCCAGUGGGCGGUAGGAUGGGGUGGGCAGGCUCCUUCACCAGCAGCUUGUGCCCGGGCCUUCCUGGGCAGCUCGGCUGCCUCUGCCUGGCUCCCCGGGUCCCUGCCCCGGGUGAGUGGGUGGGGCGCUGGGUGGUCCCUGCCGGUUCCCUCCAGGGGCAGCCCUGCUGCGGCCCCUCACCUGGCCCCCGACCCCCGUCAGUGAGGUACAGUGAGCUUGUCUUCAUGAAGAGGGAGAAGAGGUAUCUUGCGUUGGCUGUUGACUCUCCCUGUGUGUAGCCACCGUCGGGGACUGUGUGGCCUCGUGGUUUCUCUGCGGAAGGAGAUUGUUAA